UUCGGCUACAAAUGCUUUUUGAAACCAGAAAAAAACCUGAUCAGAUAUUUUCAAGGAGUUUCCCCACUACACUUAAAACAAAGAGAACGGUACAGAAAAGCAAUAUAUAUAUACACCUAUAUUUUUUAAUGCGUACAAAAAUUGGUUGAAAUGCUUUCCGUUUUUUUUGUAUAACAAAUGUUAUAACCUAAAUUGAAAAUUAUCGUUUGGGUGAAGAAAGUACAAUUUCAUAAUUCUCUUUAAAUUUGUUUCAGUGUUUUCAUAACAAGUUAUUUUGACACCUAAGAAACGGCCACGAAAAAGAGCAUUGUCAAAAUUGAACAAACAAUGUAAACAAAGUCCCAAUAAUACGCGACCUAUGUCAUUUUUUUUUUGUCGUGGGGAAGACCAGAAAAACCUGACAAAGGAAAAGAAAAAUCCGCAAUUGUAUAAAGAAAUGGAAAGAAAGAAACAUUACUAGGUAGUAUCAGUUUAAGGGUUGGUGACAACCAUAUGUUCUGAUGCUAUUACUGAUAACAGAAAGCAGGGAAGAUAGUAACUAGUAAAAUUUAACUUAUAAUUUUGUUAAAAUAAAAUAGUCUAUAAUCUCUCAAAGCAAAAUACUCCUCUUAAUUCAUUUAUUGACGUCUUAUCUAUGACAUUAAACUAUAAAUGGUAUGUAAACUGCUAUAACUUAUUUCGAAGAUUAUUAUUCCAACUGUUUAAACUUAGGUCAUAUAGGUUUGAAAUUAUAAAUUAGCGGAUAAUUGUUUUAGUUAAAUACCUGCACGUUGUUUUACAUAAAUGAUUUCCAUUGUUUAAUCAAUACGGUUGGUUUUAACUCAAGAUUUAUUUAUCUUUCAUUCGUUUAAGGUGUAGGAUUUUGCAUUUAUUCUUUAACUCCUACAGUCCGUACAUAACAUGUACAAUGUACAUUGUACAUAUCGUUGAUAAUCAGAGAGCAGCAAAGUUCGUUUAUGAUGUUGUUGUUUGGCUCGGAGCACAUUUUCAAAAAGCACUCGACAAAAACGUGACAACUAAAAAAACCGUGUGCGCCAUAAAUACUGUAUUUAUGUCACAUUUUUCUGAUCACAACUCACUCGCUCACGUUGAUAAGACCCAACUGGUAUUAAAAUCAUUUUCAUGAAGAAAAAAUAGUGCUUAUCAAAGUUGGCAUCAAUAGGCCGGUAAUUACCUUAGCCGCCUGAUAAGGUAGUUGAAAAACAUGCGUAAUCUUGCGAGUUGGAAAGAAAAUUAAGCAUAUCGGUCCCUUUUUGGAGAAAAGAUAUAUGAAAUGGAAUAUGAGUAGAAAAAUAGUAGAGUGCUGUAGAACUCCGGCCCCUCUUCACACCAACAGGGCCAGUGGCCACAUUGACAUUUAUAUUAUAAAAUAUUUAUACCCGUUACUCGAAGAGUAAAGGGGUAUAUUAGAUUCGUCGGAAACUAAGUAACAGGUAUAAAGAAGCGUUACCGACAUUAUAAAGUAUGUCUCACGAGCCGAGUCGAUCAUAUCCGUCCGUCCGUCCUAUGAAUGCUAAGAUCUCGGAAACUAUAGAAUGUUGGAAUUAGCCUUGCAAAUUCUAGAGAUUCUUUAUUUCAGCAGAGUGCCACGCCCUUUGACGCCUUUAACCUGUCUAGCGCCCACAUUGUUGACUAUUUUGUAAAAGUGCAAAUGGAUUUUGUUUUAAUUAUCAAUACCUAACUACAAUUUAUCGAACCAUCCAUUAAAAAGUUAAAACAACUAAAAGUGGCGUGGUGUGCAAUCUUGGGAGCAGUCGCUUUAAUGCUUGCAUAUCUCCGAUUUCCUCGCACUUCAUUUAGCUGAGUAACGGGUAACUGAUAGUCGAGGCCAUCGACUAUAGCGUUCUGUCUUGUUAUAUUAUAUUAUAUGUCUUUCUUAUCUCGAUCUAUAAAAUCUCUUUUUAAAUAAUGGUCCUCAGUAUAGACGGCAUUUAUGUAUGACUCUUAGUAAAAAUAUGACAACCUUACUAAUUUAAAAAUGGUAGUUUAAUUAAUGUUGGUAAUUACGCACAGUACUUAAAAAUCCGCUCCUGCUAUAAGCAUUACCAAGUCAACAACGAUAAGAAAAUCUUUGCAAAACAGAGUAGUUUAACAGAGUGAUCUGGAGUCGUGGGUUGCUAAACAUCGAUCAAACAUCGGCUGCCACUUGGUUGGCCAUCGAUCUGAGCCUGCCAAUUGAAUCUUGUGAAUAGCUUAGUUAUACACCGGCCAAUAUCAAUAAUCGUGUCGGACUGUUGAUACAAUCUCGCCUCUCACAAAUACUCAGCCAAGGAGGGGGAGGCGUGAAAAUAUGCCGGUCCCAGUCGCCCAGACUAAUUUGAUAAUCGCACAAUCAGACAGUGUUCAACAAACCUGGUUGGGAAUCAGACGUAGUAGCAGAAAAAUUAUUCCACAGCAAAAAGGAAAUCUUGAGUCACCAAGAUGCAGCCCUUAACGGAAUAUCACUUUGAAGAAACCCGCAAAAUGCACGGAGUAAAGAGGGUGCUGAUCUUCUGCCUGAUGAUUGUUAUACUGCCGGCCAUACUUAUCAUUAUGCCACUGCAUCUGCGAAAGACGGUGUUUGCAGAUGUCAUCUAUCCCAUGGCGGAGUCAGAUAUCAUUGAGAUUCGGGCGGGAAUCUCGUCGGUCUUCUGCUCGAAACACACCCUGCGAAUGAACUCCAAUUUCAACGCUUUUCAACUUCGUAAUAAGCCAGAGAUCGCGACGAAUCGCAAGCACAUAAGGCUGAAGAAGUCUAUGACACUGCCGGACGAUACCCUGGAGUACUGGGGCUUCUUCUUGCUAAAAGGGGCCAAGGUGCGAGUGAAGUUCUGUUCACGCUUCGAUGGAUCGCGAAUUUUGAUCAUCCAUGGCCACAGGGAACUAAAUCUUUGCGGUCUGACCGAUCACAAUAAAAACAAGCUGGGCGCCAAUUAUGCCAAGGGACAUGAACAGGUCCAGGUGUUCUUCGAAGACAACGUAGAGAUCGUGGAGGAGAAGGGCAAUCAGGAUAUUUUAAUGGAGCAUGAAAAUCAUGGUGGAGAGGACUUGAGUGAGGAUGCCUCACAGCCGCAGUUAAAUAUACCACUCAAAGAAAGCGUAUCGACCCAGCCAAAACUGCUUAGAAAGAAACUUAAGAAGGGAACAAUUCAUCACAGUGACCCCGACCUGCAUGCAGUUACGGAUUUGCAGGGAUCUCAUCACACAGAACACAUAUUAAAUCACCAUGAUCACAACUCAAGUCCGCAUGCACACCAUCAAAAUCAGUCUUUAAAUGGUAUUCCCCAACAUCAAGAUCAUGAUUUGAAUAUCACAUCUGAUGAAGGUAGACACAAUUCCGAGCACCUACAAAACGAGAAUCAUCAAGUUCACAACUCGAGUGAGUCUAAUCAUAGCUCAGAUAAUGCGCCCCAUCGCGAACGCCUAAAACGACACAACGGAGGAACCCAUAGACAUCAGAAGAGGCAGGAUCUCUACGAGAAACUCUAUAAAAGAUCAAAGAGGGAGAACGUGUACGAUAGGAAGACCAUCCACGGCGGAAAUGCCAUCAACUUUACGGAAACCGAUGAGUCCAAUUCGGUAUCCAGCUUUGAGACAGGACUAUUUCAGUGCUUUAAUGGAAUGAUUCUUCUGCAGGAGUUCUUUAAGCCCAAAAAUGAGUGCUCAAACCCGCAUAUAAUGGACAGUUCUCCCAACAAGAGUUCUAUGGUCGUGCACAAUGUGAUCGAGGAUGGUUACUACUACUACAUAUUCUACAGUGACAACGACCAUGUGCAAAACGAGAUACACGCCAUAUUCGAUAUUUACAAGCCGACGUAUCAGUACUCGAACAUGAGCGAAUCGCAGAGCUGUCUUAAUACCACAAACUGCACUUUCAAUAUAAGCUUCCUCUCGGACGAGAUCGUGGUGGUCGAGGUGCCUACGAGAGAUGGAAUUGAACACGAAGCGGACGAUAUAACCAACUUGAUCUCCACCUGUCAUCCGCGCAGCGAGAUAUACGCCAUAUUCCCCAUCACGGUGCUAGUCUUGAUCCUGUGCUGUUCCUUUCUGUAGUCCUCUUAAAUCCAAUAAUAUAAAUGUAAUAUUGUGAUAUUUUUAGUGAGGUAACUACUGGGUGAUAUACUCGCAUGUGAGUGUGGUAACGUAAUGGCCGACCCCAAAACGAGAGCUUUUCUAGUAGCCAUGGUAUAUCCAAUAUCGAUUAUACACACGGAAUGAACAGUCUGAACAAUUCAUUAUCAAUAUCUUAGUUUGUAAUAGCAUAAGACGCAAGCAUUUCAAAGUCUACAAAUACUGAAAUAUUUUAGGAGUGUAAGGAAAAAUAUAUAAUUGUAUUGUGUACAAAUAAUUGUAGAUACAAGUAAUUUUAAGGGAAUAAUGCGGUACUUAUUAACACUAUUAAUAAAUAUUAUUUCAUAUAUACUCGUAUUGUAUUUGAGCUUUAAAUCGUUCUUUUAAAAAAGCAAAAAUAAAUUGAAAAUUAAAUUCUUA